UAGAAGGCCACGAUUCAAGACGGGUUAUGCAAUUCCUUUGGACAGCUUGCCUUGACUGGCGAUUCUAAAUUUAACCAAUCUAGUUCAACUCCAGCACAACAAGUUCUCCCUCUCUCUUCGGCAAUUUCUCGACACUCGACAACAACAAUUCCAGACGAAACAUAUUUUGAGGUCCUCAACGAAGUUAUUUCAAAGUCCCUGUUACAGGGCUCGUCUGCACCAUGGGUUCAGAGUAUUCUUACGACGAACAGGGACAAUUCUACCCUUUCUUCGUAUUCACUCUAACCUCUAUCGUCACGCUACCUCUCACAUAUAGCCUCCUCGCCCCGAGCAAAGACCCUGCCGCACUUGCACCACGGACAAAGACCUCAUACCAACCAGAACAUGCCGACCUUAUUCAAGCGCAGCGCGCAGCCCAGAAGCGAAAACAGCGCAAGGUCAAGCGCGCCAUUGCCGCUCUAAUAGGAUGGACCCUCAUGGCCGGAAUGUUAUACCUAAUCGUUACUACCCAACGAACGACAGCUAAGAUAUGGAAUCCCUAUGAUAUCCUGGGAGUCUCUGAAUCGGCGUCCGAAAAGCAGAUCAAAUCACACUAUAGAAAACUCGGUCUCAAAUAUCACCCGGACAAGGCCAGGCCGGACCCAGAUAAGAACGAGACUGCCGAGACAUUGAACGACAAAUGGGUUGAUCUUACGAAGGCAUACCAAGCACUUACGGAUGAGGAUGUUCGCAACAAUUACAUCCAAUAUGGACACCCCGACGGCAAGCAAAGCUACAGCAUUGGAAUUGCCCUCCCCCAGUUCAUCAUAUCCGAAGGAAAUGGUAAAUACGUCGUGCUGGUGUACGCUUUACUUCUCGGAGUUUUGUUACCUUACUACGUCGGAUCCUGGUGGUACGGUACCCAACGUAUAACCAAAGAGGGAGUCCAAGUCGAGAGCGCCAACAACCUAUUCCGCGAGUACUCCGAGACUAUGGACGAGGGGGACCUUGUGACUGCUCUUAGCUGUGGUAAGGAAUUCCAGAUUGCGCUCAAGGGAGAUAAGGCCGAAUCCGGUCUCGCGAAAAUUGAAUCGAGGAUACUGGCAGAAGGAGAAAUCACCCCAUUUGCAGGCGGAUUAUCAGUCAAGGAUAAAGAGAAGUUAGAGGAUCUCGAUAGCGGCGUAAGGAGAAAGGUUCUAGCACUUUUAUGGGCUUACCUUGGCCGCGUAGAGCUCGACGACCCAGCUUUGAACAGUGCCAAGUAUAUGGUUGCGCCGAUUGCGCAGAGCCUCUGCGGUUCCUUCAGAGUGAUCUCACUCGCAUAUGGCAACAUUGUUCCUAUCCUCUCCUCAUUCUACGUUAGCCAACGACUCAUCCAAGCCGUGCCCCCGAAGGCCUCUCCUCUGUUCCAGCUUCCCUAUUUUACACCAACAGUGGUGAAAGCCGUUGAGGGCGACUCGAAAACGCAUGUUACUGUUCAGGAAUUUAUGGACCAACCUGACUCGCAGCGCAGAAGUGCUGUAGUCGGAGAAGGACUUUUAAACGAAGAGCAGUACAAGACAGCGGUCGGUGUCGCACAGCAGCUUCCUUACCUUAGAAUCGCAAAGGCAUUCUUCAAGGUUGCUGGCGAACGGUUUAUUAUUCCCUCAUCUUUGGUCACUCUUGUUGUAAAGGGUCGAUUUAUUCCUCCUGGGAGCACAAACGUUCCGGAGAUCGACGAGCUUGAUCUAGAGGAUGUCGAUGCUGCUGAGGAUGAUCUUGACGCACUUAUGGGACGCAAAAAGACAGUGAAGGACGCAAAUGGAAAGGUAAUCUCAAAGGAAGACAACAAACCCGUAUCACCGCCUAUUGCAUUCGCUCCUCACUAUCCCCGUGAUCAUUCACCGAAAUGGAACAUCUUUCUCUCGGAUAGCAAACAGGGAAAGAUGGCUGUACAGCCUUUCCCCUUCACUACAUUCGACAUGCCUAUAUUCACAGAUGACGGAAAGCCGACAUACCACAUGCAGACCUUGAAGGCCCAGUUUGCCGCUCCUCCUCAAGCUGGUACCUACACAUUUGUCAUGCACGUUGUGUGCGACAGCUACAUUGGAUUUGACACGAAGAUGGAGGUUACCCUUAACGUUGAGGAUGCUAGCAAGGCGGCUGCAAUGGCCGGAGAGGAUGAAAUCAGUGAGCCAGAAGAAGAUUCUCUUGCUGGCCAGAUGAGCGCACUUAAGGGCGGUAACGUUGCAGGUGCCACAAAGCCGAAGAGGCGGAAAGACGACGACGACUCAGAUGAGGAGAGUGGCACCGAAGAGGAAGAAGACAGCACGAGCGAAACAAACACUGAUACCGAGCCCGAGUCGUAGGGUAUCGAGUUUCCGGUGACAGACGACGAAGAUAGUAGUAGUAGUGAGGAGGAAGAUGAUAGCACCAGCGAAACAAGCACCGGCACCGAGAUUUCAGUAUAAUCGGUCGUGCAUUGAAAACCUUAAUCAGGCGUACUAUUUCCCAUCUCCCCCCUUAAUCAGACCGCGGUGUCUGAUACUGAUGGCUGCAUCUCGAUCGAGAUAGUAGCGUACGUGUACAGUUAGUUAGUUAGUUCUUUGUGCGGGAAAAAGCGCGCACGCUGCAGCGGCAUAGGAUCGGCGUCGUGGCGUUGUAGGGAGACAGGCGCCUGCGAUAGGGCGUAUAUACUAAAGCAAGCCCGCGCGUUGCGCAGAUGAAAGUUUAAGAUCAGAUAUCAUGUUCGUAUGCUUGUUCUUUGAGCUGUGAGUGGAUUAAUGUUGCGUGAUUUGUGUUAUGUUGUGUUCAUGAGAAUGGGAAUAGGGGGGUUGUAAAUUGUAUGUUGGUUAAGGGGGAAUAAUUGUAUAUCAGGCUUGCGACGUACG